AUGACCGCCGACUUGAACCAGGACUCGAGGGUUGCCUCGCCCGCCAACCCAAGCCAGCGACUUCUGAGGGUCCACCACGCAGCUAUCGAAGCCGACUCUGAAGACGAAGAACGAUCUCUGACUACGCGGGAAAUGAAGAAAAUGAUGAAGAACUUGACGACCAAGGAGGAAUUUGCCUCAACGCUGGGUAUUUCGCAACUGAUCAACUCCGACCUGAACGGAGGUGCUUUGAUGAGGUUCAUGCAGAGUAGCGAGUAUCUGAAAUACCGAGCGUACAUGGACUUCUUGAACGACAUGGCCAAAAACUCGAAGUACAAGGAUUUAGUGCGGCAGAUCAAGGCGAAAUAA